AUGUUGGCAGGUUCAGUUUCUCAAAAGUUACCCUCGUCUUCAGAGUGGUCCUCAGACUCGGGAUGCUGCUGUUCGCUAACUGUUGAAGUUGGAGUUGGCAGACGGAGGAUAUCCAGAUCCUCGUUUCCGACCCACGACUUCAAAACGUUAGACUCUCUCUCAAUAGCGCAAGUGACAGAGGUCCAUGCAAUCAUGGCAUGGAGACGAUUAAAUGGUGCCGUUGUCUUCGGUAUGCUUCAAUUGGAUGUCGUCGCUUUGAUUAAGGAUAUCGAGGAGCACAGAAGAAUCCAGCUUGUACUCGGAAGGUUUUUCCCAUUGGUUGUCGGUCAUGCCAACUUGCUUGCUCAAAGCCCUCAGGGCUUUGAGUUCCUUGCUAUCAUCAAGACUCUCCUCCUCCGCUUCGUAGGGGUCGAAAGUAUCUUGCGACUUGACGGCCUCAAGAUCCUCGUCAGCGGUUGCUUCCGUGGACUCAUCAUCAUCGUCAAUAUCGACCGACUUGUUGUAGUAAUCGUCAUUGACCUUGUAUCUGUUUUUGAACUUAUUGAUUCCGUUCAAAUACACCAUCUCCUGCUGCUGGUACUGCUGGGAAUACUUGGUGUUGAGGUUGGACCGGAGGAUGGAGCUGUGUGGCCUGACACUCUCCACUGCACCAGAAGACCCGUUGUGAUUGGACAAAAGAGAGCGCAAUUUCUGGUAGUUGCUGAUGGUCCUGCUCGAACGAGUACCAGACUGUCCGUUUCCGGUGCUAAAAAGCUGUACCGGGGUGAGCUUCUUUCGGAGCCGGUGAUCGACCAGCUAUGUUUCAAGCUGAAGGAGCUUCUGGUUAAGGAGUCAAACAUAGUCCAUGUUCAAUCGCCGGUCACGUUAGUGGGCGACAUCCACGGCCAAUUUUACGACUUGUUGGAGAUCUUCAAGAUUGGAGGGUAUCCUCCAGACACAAACUACCUCUUUCUGGGGGAUUACGUGGACAGAGGGUUCCAUUCCAUCGAGACCAUCAGUUUGCUUAUUGUUUUAAAAUUAAAGUACCCAAAUCGCAUCAACCUCAUCAGAGGAAACCACGAAUCGCGCCAGAUCACCACCAACUACGGGUUCUACACAGAGUGUCUCACGAAAUACGGCAGCAACUCCCAGAUCUGGGCCAUCUUCACCGAUAUCUUUGAUUACCUAAUUCUCGCCGCAAUCAUCGACAACAACCUGUUUUGCGUGCACGGGGGGCUUUCGCCGAACGUGCAGACGAUCGACUCGAUUCUCGUGAUCGACAGGUUCAAGGAGAUCCCUCACGACGGGCCCAUGGCCGACCUGGUCUGGAGCGACCCGGAUCUGGAGCUGCUCAACUUCCGCAUAUCUUCUAGAGGAGCAGGCUACCAGUUUGGAAUCAACGUGGUGAACAAGUUUCUGCAGGUGAACGACUUCGAACAGAUCUACAGGGCGCACCAGCUCUGCAACGAGGGGUACCAGGUGUUUUGGAAGGGCAAAGUCAACACUGUGUGGUCUGCUCCCAAUUACUGCUACCGAUGCGGCAACAAGGCCAGCAUCCUUGAGAUGUUCGACAGCCACGGCGAUGAGCAGAGCAGCCGGUUCAACGUGUUCGACGCGUCUCCCGAGAGCCAGCGCGAGUUCUACCGCAUCGUCAACAUGAACGAGUUCGAGGACUCUGUGCAGGACGACUUCCUGGCCCUUAAUGACUCCAAGCUCGCGAAAAAAGCUCCCGUGAUGUGGUCUUUGAAGAUCAUAUACCCUUUCUUCAACACGACCUUGUUGGAAUCAACCCCCACUUGCAACCCCACGAUCUUCUUGAAGUCACCCACCGUGUCGGUGGGGAGACACUUGACCCUGAUUUUUUUACCCAGUCGGUCGUUACAAACAACCUCAAUCAUUAAAUUAAUUUUUUUAGUCUUGUUUUCUUUCCCAAUGUCUUUACCCUUGACAGGGAUCCCCGAUUUGAAGGUCGACGAGUCGUUCGACGACACCAUCGACGAAAACAAGCCAAGCUUAUAUACCCAGUCCAACGGCUCCAACACCUCGUUCACCCAUACCAAUGCAUACAGAUACUCCCGUUCGCGGUCGCCCAAAAGAACAAGCUCGCCCAUUCGCAAAGGGUCACCCGUGAGAAACCAGCCGUUCAAGUUUGGCUCCAUUACAAUGAACAACUCGAGUGAUAAUCUAUCGCUGAAUCCGGCCCCAUUGACCCCAAACUCGGGACCAAAGGCCUCAUAUAGACGUGGCCAUAGAUACAAGCACUCGUCCGUUUCGAUGAACAUGUUCCAGGAACCGCCAAAACGAACCUCCGUGCCUGUCCCACAACAGUACACGCUGCCAACGGUGCAGGAUACUGUGCGAUCGCUUGGACUGCACGAGAAACUGAAACUCGCAUACUGCACCUUCCAUAUUCUCCUGAGUCUGGUCACGUACCUACUCGGGUUCCAUUACGGCAACGUGUGUUUGUCAACGCUCUCGCAUUUGGUGUUGUACGACUCCAUUGGCAGCCUCAUGACGCUGGCCGUCCAGAUCAUGACAAAUUUCGAGAUAUGGAGCCACUCGUCGCUCAAGUAUCCGUUUGGACUUGGCCGGAUCGAGGUUCUGGCCGGGUUCGGUCUUUCUGUGUCGCUGCUGUUUGUGGGAGUGGACCUAUUUUCUCACCUAUUUGAGAGCUUCAUGCUUGCGCUCGCAAUCGGUGACGUGGACGAGACCAUGCACGCGCACCAUGUUCACAAGGAGAAAGGCUUGAUGAACAUUGUUUUCUAUGAAACGUAUUUGCUGGCCGUGUGCAUCACCACUUUUGCGUCACCGCGCGUCAUUGGCAGGCCGAAGAAGAUCGUCGAGCAGCCACGGCCACGCCCCAAACGCGUGAGUUCUAUUACUUUGCAAGAGGAGCCCGUGCUGGACAUUAAAACAGAACUCAAGAAAACACAGAACCAGCUCACCAACUACACCAGCGUGCUUUCGUUUGGAUACGCACUGUUUGCCAUGCUCUACCCGCUCGUGGCACACACCGAGCUGGUCUCCACGGUCAACGAGGUCUCUAGUCUGGCCCUCGCGGCCAUGGUGCUCACGUUUGCCUGGAAGCUGAUCUCUCGACUCGCAGGCAUCCUGCUGCUGCGCAACCCGCAGCCGGACAUCGACGCCAAGAUCGUGGACCAGAUCCAGUCGCUCGAGGUGUACAAGUCGUCGUACAAGAUCAGCGAGCUGAAGGUGGCCAAAGUCAACCACAAGAUCGUGGUGGUUAUUCUUAAUGUGCAGAUGAUUGGGGCAUCUGACGACGACGAGUCCAAACUGCGGUUCUACGCCACACGAAUUGUGCGUGGCUUGUUGUCGCAGACAGACACAGACACGCUUGACCUCGACGCGGAUUUCGACUCGAUCGACCAGUCAGGUGACCAGUUCGAAAUCACAAUCCAGGUUGACCGGGUGUAG